AUGGAAACAAAUAAACGAGGAUUGGAAAGUAAUGAUACUGUGAGUAACAAAAAGAGGAAACCAUUGGAUGAACUUAGUGAAGAUGGGCCCUUAACACAGGAGGAUGUUGUUUACUUCCAAAAGGAGGCCAUUUGGAGACAGAUGGUGAGUUACAAGCGUCAAUGUAGUUACUUGGCACGAGACUUGAGAAGUUUCAAACAAAAGUAUCAAAUGAAUGAAGAUAAAUUGAAUAUACUUGAUGCUUGGUAUGAACAAAUCAUAAGUGUACUUGGCCAAGAUUCUGGUGAAGUUGAUUCAUCUGAGUCUUCAUUAUUGGUUAGUUUAUCUAAUUUAGAAAAAGAUGGGAUGGAUGAUAUCUUACAAAAAAGAAGAAAUCAAUUAAUAUCCAUUUUAAAACCUUUAAUUGAUAAUGGCAAAUUAAAUUAUCCAGAAAAGAGUGAAUUAAUUGACAAAAUUGAAAAUUUAACUGGAGAUUUAUGUCAAUUAAAGGCAGAAAAACAAACUAUUUCAAAGAUAAAGGAAGAAUUGGAAGUUAAUAUUGAACAAUUAAGAGAAUCUUUAGUUGAACUUGGUAAGGAAACUGAUCGUAAACAACUGAAGACACUUGGAAGAGUUGAUGUCAGUAUGGCCAACAGUAAGGAAGAAAAGGGAAUUAAAGAGGAAAGUAACAAUCAAGAUAAUAAUAAUAAUAAGAUAAGUUCUGGUUCCAAUAUUAAUUCAACUACAUCAGAAGUAUCAAUAUCAAAGGAAGAAGUUGAAAAAUUUGAAACUUUAAAAAUUUCCAUCAAAGAAUUGGAAGUUUGUAAUGAAAAAUUAAAGGAAAAUUUAGAAAUCAUUACUAAAAAACAUAUGAAAUCAUCAGAAGAUUGUUUAGAAUUAGCAUCAAGAUUAGCUAAUCUUAAUCAAACUGAUCUUUGUUCAUCACCAAUUUAUAAUAAUUUAACAUCAAUUAAUAAAAAAUUGAAUGAACAAUUGGGAGAUUCACAAAAAAGUCAAGAAAUUUUAAUUAAAAAAUUAAAUGAAUUGGAAGAAACUAAAACAAUGAAUAAAUCAAUAAUUGAUCAACAAUUGAUAGGAGAAAAUGAAAAUCUUAAAUCUCAACUUAAUAAAAGUGAAGCAGAUUUAGUUAGAAUUAGAACUUCAAGAGAUGAAUUAUUGGGGAAAAUAAGUGUAUUAAAAUCUGAUCAAGAAAAUAAACAAUUAAUUUCAGAAUUAACAAAAUUAAUUGAUAUUCAAAAGGAAAGAAUAUUGAAUCUUGAAAAGGAUAAAAAUGAAAUUAAUCCAAUUCAAGAUGAGAUUAAAUUAGAGAAAUUGAAAUCUUUAACAUCAGAAGAAUUAAUUAAAAGAAUAUUCAUAUUAGAUGAAGAUAUUAAAGAAAUUGAAAAGGCUUUCCAAGAUAGUAGAGAUAUAAGUCAAAAGAAAUUAAUGAAUGAAAUUGAAACUGAAAACAUGAUUAAAAAGCUUUCAGUGGAAAAGACCAAAGCUGAUCAAAAAUAUUUUGCAGCCAUGAGAUCAAAAGAUGCAUUAAGUUCAGAAAAUAGAAUAUUAAAGAGUCAAGUAUUAAAAUCACAAGAACUUGUUAGUAAAUUAACUGAGAUGGAAAAAGUUUAUCUUAAUAAAAUUGAGAUAUUAACUAAAUCAUCAAAUGAUUUCAAAAGUAUCAAAGAAAAUUCUAUACAAGAAAAUUCUAAAUUACAAGAACAAAUUAAAACCAUUAUAUCAACCAAAGAAAAGCAAGAAAAUGAAUUAAAAUAUUUGAAAAAUAAGUUUGAAAUUAAAUCAAAGCAAUUCAAUGAAUUAGAAAUUGAAAGUAAUGAAGGAAUUACAAAGGUUGCAAAAUUAGAAUCAAGAUUAAAGGAAACAGAGACAUUACUUAAGAAAUAUCGUGCAAACAAUACAUCUUCAAUAUUACAAGAAGAUGAGAAACAACUUGAAGCAUUCCGUGCAAUUGCUAAAUGUUCUGUUUGUUCCAAAAAUUGGAAAGAUACAGCCAUUACAGUUUGUGGACAUGUAUUUUGUCAAGAUUGUGCACAAGAAAGAUUGGCUGCAAGAUUGAGACGUUGUCCUACAUGUAACAAGGGGUUCUCUGCCAAUGAUUUACUUUCCAUUCAUUUGUAA